AUGGGGCUGUCGCCUCAGAGAGCCCUGACGUUGCCCUGGGAGUCUGGGCUGAGCGCGCUUCGGGCUCUCGGGUUAAGGAGCUCCCCCGAGGUCACACAGCUGACGCUGCAGCGGGAGAAGCAGCCCCAUGACCUGAAUGACACCUUCAAGGAGCUGUUCCACGUGGUGCCCGGCAACGGGGACCCCCUGCUGGAGAGGAAGUCGGUGGGCUGCCGGCGCUGUGCCGUCGUGGGCAACUCGGGCAACCUGAGGGAGUCCUGGUACGGGCCUCACAUCGACAGUCACGACUUCGUGCUGAGGAUGAACAAGGCCCCCACCACGGGGUUCGAGGCCGACGUGGGGAGCAAGACCACCCACCAUUUUGUGUACCCCGAGAGCUUCCGGGAGCUGGCCGAGAACGUCAGCAUGGUGCUGGUCCCCUUCAAGACCCUGGACCUGGAGUGGGUGGUCAGCGCCACCACCACGGGCACCAUCUCCCACACCUACGUUCCUGUCCCCUCGAAGAUCAAAGUGAAGAAGGAUCAGAUCCUGAUCUACCACCCGGCCUUCAUCAAGUACGUCUUCGACAGCUGGCUGCAGGGCCACGGGCGCUACCCGUCCACCGGCAUCCUCUCGGUCAUCUUCUCCCUGCACGUCUGUGACGAGGUGGACCUGUACGGCUUCGGGGCGGACAGCAGAGGGAACUGGCACCAUUAUUGGGAAAACAACCCGUCGGCGGGGGCUUUCCGCAAGACCGGGGUGCACGACGGAGACUUUGAGUCCAACGUGACCACCACCUUGGCGUCCAUCCACAAAAUCCGGAUAUUCAAGGGGAGAUGACGCUGUGAAGGGUCGCGGACGGCCACCUCAGCGCAGCCUCCUCGCCGGGGCUGUUCCUUCCGUUCCGGGGGCUCCCAGGGCCAGCCUCUCGCACCCCAACAUUUGACAGCAUCUACUCAGCGAUGUCACCGGGCUGCAGAGCAAGUCUGAGAGCCAGUGUGGGUGGGGCGACCCUUGCGUCUCUCUCUGGCCGGAAAAGGUGGCGAUGUGAGGGACGUCCAUUCUCCGAAUACGGCCGGGAAGAUGGGGGAGGAGGGGCAGAUGCUGAAGACCCCCCUGUUUUAAAAGAAAGGACAUUUCCCAGGGAGGACGGGCAGAGACUGCUUUGCUGGGGGGCCCGGGGCUGACACCAGACUCUGAUUGUCGCUGGAUGUUUCCGAGUGGGGGCGGCUCCGGACAGUCACGCGGGCCGUGUCGGCACAGGGGCCGGGCGUCACCUUCCUCGCACGUGGCAACCCCCAAUCCCCCCUGUUCCCCGAACUCGUUCUGGUGGCAGGAGAGGCUCCCCCCGAAGGUCUUCACGCUCGGGCAGGCGUUUCCGAGUCCAGCAGACAGACGUCUUCUCCCCAAGACAUGUUCCCGCGAGGACCCAUCUCGGUGGUUAAAAUGAUGGCCCCAGGGCAGGUCUAACCCCUUCUAUGUGCCUUUGUAUUCGGGAGAAAUGCAUGCCCUGGCCAACGUGAGGCCAGCACCCCGACUCGGGAAAGGAGACCUCCGCCGCCCCCUCGCUCUCAGCUGGGGACUCUUCCAGGUUCCUGAGCCGGCCCCGAGGUGGCACAGAGCUCAGGUGGCACCCGGGCCUCCCAGAGGCGCACCAGCCCUGGCACGUCUCUCACGUUCACAGACUGUCAGACUCCGUGCCCGUAACCGUCCAACCCCCCGGGAGGGUCUCCACCAGCCAGCGUCUUCCCCAAGGGCCCCGCUCGGGCCCGGUCCUGCUGGCCACCUGCAUGGGGUCCCGGGGUGGGGUGGGGCAUCCUGGGAGCGUGGCCAUCGGAGCGGGGCAGUCAUACCUCAUUCGCACACUCUUUCUUCCUCGUCACCCUCCUGAUUAUUUAUUGAUUGGUUGUUGUUGCAUUCAGCUGACCUCGUGUGCAUUUUCUGGCUCUUGCUGGUCCGGGUUCUAACUCACUUUCUUCUGCUCCACCCGGCCGCUGCGAGGUGGGCGGCUUCCGGCAAGCUCUGUGGGUGUUCGGGGUGCCUAGGGUUUGGGGCUCGCUGGUGGGCAAGUCCUGGGGUGUCAGGUCGGUGGGUGCGCAGAAUGUCCUGUACCUCCUCUCCCAGCCCAACUUCCUUGCGAAUUUGGGUUCAGCCUCUGGCCGGGCCUCUCCCAGACCCAGGGGCACCUCCUCAGGGCGGGCGAGACAUGGGGUCCAGGCCUAGGAGGACCGUGGCCGUUGGCUCCAUUACUGACGUGUCAUCAGGAAAAACCGUUUUCCCAUAGAGAGCAUUUCCCCGAAGGCCCCGCUGCUCCCGAUGGCGUGUGAGGGACUUCGGGCUCGCAAGCCAGGGGACCUGCUCUCCUGGCCUCAGUUUCUCCCUCUGCACAUGGGGAGGGAGGAACUGUGGGAGCUCAGGGGCCACAGACGGUGUCAGGCACCUCCUAAGAAAGAGUCCCCCGGAACCUCACACCACGGCUUCUCCUGAGUCUGUACAUGCGAGCGCUUUCCUGGGGAGGCUCCGGCGCGUUCAUCACAGCCUCAAAGAUGCAGGAUCCAGAAAGCCUUUAAACACCCCGCACGCCUGUUCCAGCUCGAACAUCCUCCCAAACGCAAGUGGUAAAGGCUCGGAAAUCGCUGUGAGGCCGCAUCAUCACGGGCUGGAGGUCACGAGCUGGAGGUCACGGCCACACCGGCCGAUCCGUCCCAGGGACAGGCCUGAAGGAAGGUGGUCACUGGGUGGAGCAGUGGACGGCUCCCGCGCUCUCCUCUCCUGGGAGCUGAGGGUGCCCAGGCGUGUCGGUCAGAACAGCAGCUGCUGCGCUGGGCGUGGCUAAGUCAGAGCAGGUCCUGACAAGGAGGCCCUGUCCCCCAGCAAACUGCUGAGCCUGAAGCCAGAGAGGCCGCGGCAGGGAAGGGGCAGAGCGCUCAGAACACCCCAGCCUUCAGGUCCCCCAGGGGGCCCUGCUCAGGAGCCGCCUGCAGCCAAACGGAUGCCCCCAGAUACACCUCCCUGCUGGGGAGAAGGCGGGCGCCAGCUUUAGCCCGGGCCUGGUCAGGCACCCGCCCGCGGCAUAGACCUCAUGUCCGUCACACCGCUAAGUCAAGGCCAAAGUUUCCCGAGCACUUUUUUCCUCUUUUUUUUGUCAAUCUCGUUUGGUUGGUUGUUGGUGUUUUAAAAAAGUUGCUUUUUCUCCCCCCCCCCACCCCCCGCACCCCAUCACCCAGCCUUGCUCUCGCGUUUCACAGCCGAGCGUUGACCUGGAUGCAUUUUGAGUGAAGUGAGCGAGUCGCCGUCCUCAGCCUCGGCUGCGUCUUAUUUAUUGUUGGACGUUUGCAAUGAUCUGAAUCACAGUGAAUUAAAACAGAGCUAUUUUAUCGUUU